CGGAGUGCUGGGGUCCUAGAACAUCACCGACCACUCCGCCCAUGCCGUCCGGUGUCUAGCGCUAAUUCAUCUAGGCUAAGUCUCCUAUUGGGAUGGGCUCUGGGUUUUGGCUGUUUGACCAUCAAGAGGAUCCAAGACGUCUGGCGAGCCUUUGUGUUUGUAAAAGAACAGACCCGUCAAGAUGAAAUUUGAUAUAACACCAAUAAUGGACUUUGUAGCGGGGACGGCAUCAGGCAUCGCUGGACUUUUGGUUGGACAUCCUCUUGACACCGUCAAGGUUCGCUUCCAGAACCCAGACUUUGCACAUAGGUACACUUCGACCUUGCAUGCCGUUGUCACGAUCGCACGGGAGGAACGCCUGAGUGGGCUAUGGAAAGGAGUUUCUGCGCCCCUUGCUACCUAUGCUCUCUUAAAUGGUCUCAUAUUCUCGUCUUACCGGUUCUCCCUCAACGCCCAGCUCAGGUCCGAUCAGGAAACGAAAGACGCUACACUCACUCAGAUCGCCAUUGCCGGUGCAGCCUGCGGUGUUAUCAGCUCGAUCAUAACAUCCCCAGUUGAGCUCAUCAAGACGCAGCAACAAAAUGUCAUAUCUACCAACACCCCCUCUGCUUGGUCUGUUAUCGGUGGUAUAGUACAUGCGCAUGGAUUACGAGGGCUCUAUCGCGGAUGGGUGGCUACCGCACUACGGGACACGGGAUACAGCGCAUAUUUCUGGGCCUACGAAGGCGCCUGCCGUCUGCUAACCACCCCAGGAGACUCGCCCUCGAUGCCUGCCCUUAUACUCGCCGGCGCAUUCGCGGGUGUAGUAGGCUGGGGCGUCACGUUCCCGAUGGAUGUCGUCAAGACACGUAUGCAGAGCACGUCCUCCCCCCGACAUUCUUCGUCCCCGUCCCCGUCCGUAUAUCAUCUCGUGGGCGCUGAUCCAAUAAGAAGCGGCGCACCGACAUCGUUUGCACCUUUGCCCUCGUCACCGUUAACUUCGCCACCGGGAUCCCCUCCAAGCGCGAGAUACGCGAUGGAAGAUAACCCCUAUCGGACUGUUCGGUCGACGAUCGUGAACUCUUAUCGCUCUGAAGGUGUUGGUGUCUUCGUGCGUGGUCUCUCGCCAACGGUCAUCAGAGCCAUACCCGUGAAUGCGGCCAUCUUUGUCGUAUACGAGUGGACGAUGCGUGCGAUGGAGGGUUUAGCUACGGCAAUGUCGUGACGAAGGUGUAUCAUUGAGAG